AUGUUACACUCUUAUGCAUCGUCCAUGGCGACCGUAGUGGCGCAGCUGCUUGGAGCGAUGCUCGUAAUCGCGGGCCUUUUGCAGGCGGCGGUGUGCCUUAAGAGCGACUACGAAGCUUUUAUCGACUUGGGCCCCGGAGGCACGCCGCAAACCGUUUAUGGAUAUUUGAAAGUCAAAUGCUUGGGUCUUUUUGCGUUGCGAAAUCGAUUCCUCGCCGCGCCGAUACCGAACGACUUCAUCACGAAGCAAGGGUAUCUACAGUCCCUGCCUCCCCGCGAUAGGCCUCGCCCUGUCACUCGAGGAAUUGCUCCACAUCGCCAGAUAGACCAGAAGCUUGAUGAACACACUUACAAGAAGCUCGCACGUGCAGUGGAAGCCAUGGCGCCAGGGAAGAACAAUGAUAUGGUUAUCGGCACUUCAUGCUUCGAGAAGCAUGGUACAGGACUGUUCUCCACCGUGCCAGCAAACACAACUUGCCGCGGUGAAAUCGUACACCUUCAUCCUUCUGAUGGCUCCUUUCACAUGACGUUACACCCUGCAGACGCCAAUACUAUGCUCCAAGCUGGCUGGGGCGAGCGACAUCCACUGGCAGGCGUCUUCUUCAAGCGCUUUCUGCCGGUAGGCUUUUGUAUGGUUUAUGCGCCGCAGAGUGACGAGGAAAUCGAGACCGUUCUUGAGAUAGUGCGAGCGGCGGCGUGGUACGUGAGCGCAGGUCGCAGUGGUUGCACGUUGAUGGAGAAGAAGCCGGUGCACGAAGAGGUGACUAGAGGACCAUGA